AAAACCCGCCGAUAUCCCCCCCCCCACCCCAUGGUGCCUGGCUCAGUCACAAAGCCAAACCUCUUAUUUCCCUCGUCAGCCUUAUUUCUACAGUAAAAAUCUACCCCACGAGACUGCAAGUACAUCAAGCACUUCCCGGUUCGCUGAUAGGCGGUGUAUGUGGUGACGUCGUGCUAGUGCAGUGCACACUGGGGAUUGUAGUUUCACAGCAUUAUGUGCGGCUGGCUGGGACUCAGGAAACUGCGGAACCCAUAGUGAUCCUAGCAUGUGUCACCUCGCCUCACACUGACAAGCACGUGUCAUGGCGUUGAGCCAACUCUGUCGCUACGUUACUGUCCGCACAGCACAAUCAGCCGAAUAAAAUAGCAACUGAGACCUCGCCCUCGGGCUGUAGUUGAACGGUCACCCGUUAAACCACUGCGUUAAAUGUAAAAGCGUUACACCUAGAGGGCCGCAAUCUAAACAUCCCUGCCGGAAGUGUCGUAAAAGCAAGGCGGAAACGUCGACUGUCGUUUGCCGGCGGCUUCCCUUUACGGCCGCGGGUGAGCGGAGAUCGAAAGACAGACCGGGAUGGCUGAUGCACCGUCAGGGCCGAGCGUGCUCUCCCAGUACCCCGGAGCUGGACUCGCUUGCGAUCCAGGAGAAGAGCAGGAGGGGGACGAGGAGGAUGAAGGUCGGCACGGGAGGGAAGUACCGGAGGGAUUUAAGGGCCACCAUCACCACCAACUGAACGGGCUCAUCAGCCCCGACCUGCGGCACCUCAAGGCCGUGUCCUCCCUGAAGAACAAGCUCCUCGAGCAGGUCAGGAAGGACGCCGGCCUUGCCCAGCACGAGGAACGGACUGACGCAGCUGCUCCCAACGGACUGGAGCGGGUUCAGGGUGAGGAGGAGGACGAGAGCCUUAGCGCCUGCCUGACCGCCUGCACCCUGCGAGGAGGAGGAGGGGGAGCGCACAGCAAUCAUGUCAGCCAGGGGGAUGAUGACACGAUACGAUAUGUGCGAUAUGAGUCCGAGUUACAAAUGCCCGAUAUCAUGAGACUCAUCACCAGGGAUCUGUCCGAACCUUACUCCAUUUAUACCUAUAGAUAUUUUAUUCACAACUGGCCGCAGCUUUGCUUUUUGGCCAUGGUAGGCGAAGAGUGCGUAGGUGCCAUUGUCUGCAAGUUGGAUAUGCACAAAAAGAUGUUCCGACGAGGUUAUAUAGCCAUGUUAGCUGUGGAUUCCAAAUACAGAAGAAAGGGCAUUGGUACAAAUUUGGUUAAGAAAGCUAUUUAUGCCAUGGUUGAAGGGGAUUGUGAUGAGGUUGUAUUGGAAACAGAAAUUACAAACAAGUCGGCCUUGAAACUGUAUGAAAACCUUGGCUUUGUGCGAGAUAAGCGCCUGUUCAGAUACUAUUUAAAUGGAGUAGAUGCACUGCGUCUUAAACUAUGGCUGCGUUAACGAAGGAACGUCACGUCGAGGAAGUAAUCCCCGAUCGAUGCUUGUCCGGACAUCACAUUCAUGCAGCUCUUUUGUCAGUAUCCCAUUGAGUGUCGCACAUAUAUGUUGCACUAAGGCAUGGCGCACUUGUCCUGAGCUCAGAUUAUUUCUAACUUUGAGAAAGCCUCUUGGUACCAGCAGGAUGUGCCAGACACUAGCCAAGACAUAUUCAUUAAUUUACAAAUCUACUGACUGUGUUGAAGAAAUAUCAUCGAACCUAUACAAGAACUGUAAUCUUUGGUUCCCGGGGGGGGGGGGGAACACAUUACUAACAUUUCAUACAGAACUUGCCAUCGUUUUCUGAGGAAGCCAAAAAUAAACAAAACACGUUUUUGAUUUUAGCCAUUAUUUUUCACUAUUGAAUUUUCCAUUCUUAAAUAUUGGUACCUCAGUAAACACUGAAUGACAUAAAAUCCAAUGUAUUGUGGGGUGGGGUGUGCUUUACAAUAAGUAAUUCAGUUGAGUCUGCCGAUGCUUGUAUAAAAAUAUUUGUCUUCUCCCCCCCCACUAUAAAUGCAUGUUUUCCUUUUCCCCCUUCUCUUUUUUGUUGUCUUUGCAAAGGAAAAUCCAUUUUGGUUUUAUUUAAAUUCUGACAGUAAGUUAUUUCAGAUGAUUUUUUUUUUUUUAUCAUUUGAACACCUUUUUGGAAACGGUGGGUGGUGAACUAUGGCAGCCCUCGCUUUUCUUGAGAAUUGUAAGCUAUUUAGAGAAUAAAUGAAUGAUCAUCUAGCUGCUAUAAGAGAAACAAUAUUAUAACUUAAAUCUAUGCUGGUUUUGGAUGCACUUUUCUUUAGGCGCUAGGGAUUUUAAAGAAAAAAAAAAACCUAUGUAAAUUGGUAUGAUUUUAUUUGACAGAUAAUGCUAGAAGCUCUAAAACUACCACCCUGUUUUUUUUAUUUUACUAGAUAAAGAUAGCAAUAUAAAUAAUUGUUCCACAGUAUAACGUAGCAGUGACUGAUAAAGUGAGACCUUCCGGUUGUAGUUCAGCAGCAUCUGGUGGGGAGCAGGUUGCCCUUUGAAUACUGCAGCUACAUUUUUGUUCCACUGUCUCGCUGUGGUAAAAAUGAUUCACUCUGUAUGGCCUCGCAGUACAGGGUUUCAAAGUUGUAUGUUUUGGAACUAGCCUCAAAAUCCUAAGUGCCCCUAGAAUUCUUUCUUUUUGUCUCAGAUUAGCCACGUUUUUCCCCAAAAGUUUAUAAUUCUUUUUUUCCCAUCAUUCUUGUGGCAACAUUUGUUAAAUCUGAUUCUAUAAGCAGUUUCCAGUACUUCAGAAUUGAUAUUGCCUUACUGCUGUAUUGUAAGAUUGGGUGUUUUUGUUAAAUACAUUUUUUAAAUGUGAAUUUCAUAUUUUCCCAUAUAGGCUUUGUAAAAGGGUGUGUCUGGGAUUUUUUUUUGUUUUUCAUUCGGGGGUUUUCUUUUUAAUGUGAUUUAAUUCCACUUAUCAAAACUGUAAAGUUGCUCUCCUUGUAACAGUAAAUGCAUAUUAAUCGGGUUCAUUUGUUUAAAGAGAAAGCUCCAUAAUGAUUCUCCAGAUAUAUCCAGACAAAUAUAAAGCACACUUGCUAACUUGGCUUCACCUAUUCAGCUCUUCACAGUUUUACUACAAUGCUUCAUAUUCAAUUUUUUAAAGGGAGACCUCCAGGGUAUUACAAUUUGUUUUGACUUUGAAGAUUUUCAUUCAUCCAGGUCAUAGUAUAUCUAAUAUAAGUAAUUCUAAAACAGUUUUUUUUUUCUUUUCCAUUACUUUCAAAGGGUUAACUUUUGUUUUCUGCUUGUUGUGUGUCAGGCCUUGGUUGAUCUGUCUCCAACUGAGUUUGUACUGUAUGUUCGUGUUCUAAAUAAAUCAUGAGAACAUUUAUUUCAUACCUUUCUGAAAGAGUACAAUCACUUCAGGUUUUAGCUUAACUAGGGGCACAUUUUUGCAUAAUGCAGUGUCCUAAAGGAGUUAUGAAGACUUGUGGAAAGUAAUUGCGUUUAGAAUGUGCUGAAGAUGCAAAAUGAAAUUAUUCUGUUUAUCAUUAGUAAAUUGCAUCUUUUUGGACAGAUAAUUGAUUAAAUGCUGAUGUUUUCUCUUCAUCUGCCUUAAUCCAUUCAGUGCUGGAGUCCUCCGUACCAUGCAAUUGUCAGUGUCACGGCUUUGUUCAAGCACCAAACUGGUUGGCAUUUUCUUGCUAUGGAGGCCUGCAGUGUUGCAUUAGCAGCAACUUGUAUCCCUGAUCUUAAAAGCUGUAGAUAAAGGUUUAAGAGCGGUUGUUGUAUGUGUGCAAAUAAACUGGUUCAGUUCUUUGUUUUAUUGUUAA